AUGGAGCAUCCGGAGUGGGCGAACAGGAAGGACACAUUGCACGUCUCCCACCCCAUAGAAGGCUACGAGCGGCGGAAAAUCCAGGGCGAAUCGUGGGCGGAUGUCGCGGUUCGAUUGAGCGAAUUACUGACUUCAAACCGAUUCCACAGAGUACAACACGACCGUCUGGCGGAACGCGACCGUCAGCACUUUUGGGAUCAACUCAAGGCCGUAGCGCUCCGCCUGUUCGACGCGAGUAGCAAAGAGCGGAAGGACCACAACGAGCUCCGGGACAAACUCGAGAAAACACGUCUCGAUCUGGAGCGAGUCCGAGCGGAACUGGAACGGGCAAAGGCGGAGUCGCUACGGGGCGAGGCAGGGCAAGCGAAAGACACUGGCAAGGGCACGGCGAGUGCGGCCGGUGUGGUCGGCCAGGAGGCCCUUCAGAAGUGCCUCGCAGAUAAGGAAGACGUAGAGAAGUCGAGAGACGGGUGGAUGCGAGCACACAGAUCCCUCAAGAAGGACCACGAUGCUACCGUGGCGAAACUGUCGACACUGCAGCAGCAAUACUCUCAGGAUAUUCCCACCCAGCAGAAGAAACUGCACGACGAGUACGACGAGGCGGUUGAAACCUUAAAACGACAGUUCGCCGAAGAAGUAGAGAAAACAUGCGCAAAGGAACGAGCAGAACUCGCAGAGUGCCAUCGCGCGUACGCAGCAGGAUCGGCGGAAGCGGCCGCCUCUCUCGCUUUCUGCAAACAAGCAGGACGAGAAUCGGAGGCGAGGCUCGUAGCGUCGCGAGACGAAUCUGCCGCCAACAAAGUGGCUCUGGAGAGUUGCGCGCGAUCUAAAUCUGAGCUGGAGAAGCAGCUCGCUCAGCUACGAACGCGGCACGCCGAGGAGAUCGAGAGCCUCGAGAAAGGGGAAAAGGCGAUGCGGCAGCUACGAGAACAGCAGGCUCGAGAGAUAGCGCGUCUGAAAAGAGAGCACGAAGAGAGUUUCGUGCGGACGACGAAAAACCUCAAGGAUACGUACUCUCAAGCGGCGGGCUACGACAAAACGCAGCUCGCGGAAUGCCUCUCGGCGAGAUCCGACCUCGGCAAAGUCGUCUCGGCACUCAAGGCGAUGUACAAACACCCCGAAGGUGCGUUGGCCGCAUUACAGGAAUCCCGUUCGAACCCCGGGUCGAUGGUGAGACGGGCGAUCGAAGAAGCGGAGAGAGUCCAGAUCCCGGACUUCAGCAUGACCGAACUGGUCGCAUCCCUCGAAAUCGUGCCGAACAUCCGAGAGAUGGUUCGAUGCUGGGACGACGUCAUGCGCGUAGCCAACCUUCUCGUGGAAACACCCGUCGGGAAUCGUAGCCCAGGAAGUCGCGCAGGAUACAUGGACGAGAAGAUGCACGAACUCCGGGACUCCGACAUCGACCAACUCUUCGAACCCGUCCGGCAGUUGAUGCUCUCGACGAAAGCCAUCGUCGACUUGUAUCGGCAGUUUUGGAAUAUCAUCACCGUCUCCAAGGAACCCGCCGAACUGAAGAAGUUCGUGACGGAGUGGCUAGACGAAGGAGGAAAGGACCAGCUCACGGACGAGGACGCCGAAUGGCUCAGAGACUUGGUGAACACACCGGACCCCCUGUGCGACCCGAUCCGGAUCAUCGCCGACGGACUACUCGAGACACCGCGGCCCAUGACGAUGGACGCUACGAGAUCCAUCAUGGCGACGAUCAGACGGCAGCGAGAGGGGCUCGUCGGGCCGGAGGGGGAGAUGGAGGCGAACGGGGCCGCACCGCAGGACGAAAACAGAAGAGCUCUAAGACUCUACGAGUUUCUCGAUGACUUGUGCGGUGCUUUCGGUGUCAUGACCGAACUCACGGAGCCGAAGCCCGAUCUGAUUUCGGCGAGUGCGAACGUCCAGAGUAUGUCCGGUGGAGCUAUUCGAGAGCGGGCAUGGAUGGUGAUACGUCGAACGAAGAUGCUGCGGGCUUUCGCUGACCUGAGAUACGACAGCCCGAUGGAUUCCGAUCCCGGCUCCCUGCGACGUAUCCACGACGAGAGUCGCCUCUUACUGGCCUAUGAUGCGGAUGAUCUUGACGUGCGACACUCCGCCACACCGGACUGGCCGGAGUACGGAAAGUUCGAUGAAUUCCUUGGGGGAGUCACGGAUGCUUCUGGAGAAGCACCCGACUUGUAUGCGAACAGCAUAUUAGACGUUCUACGCGACUCUGGAAGAGCGGACAGGGGGAGAGUGACAGCGACGUUCGGAGAGGGGGCGGCGCGGACGUUCGAAGGGGUGGUUUAUCGAUCCUCUCUGCCCAGGGACUUUGCGAAAGCCGUCGUAGACCAACCAGCCAGGUUCCUGGAACUCGCAGCGGAGGCUCUGAAAGAAACCGAAAAUAUGAUGAGACCGCCUAAGGUCAAUCGGACCGCUGACGACGACACCACGUUCCGGAACCUGGCGGUGGACCUCGCACGCAAUGACCCACUCUAUUUCGAGCGAUGUCGGAAACUCGCGCAAGUCCUCGAGACCGCCAAGGAAAUACGCACGACUCCUCGCGCCGACCUCUCGGGCGAUUAUGUAGGGAUCUUUGCCGAACAGACGUCUGCGGCACAGAAUCCGAUGACCGGGAAGGACGUCGACUUUCUGUUCGACCUGAUCCGAUCCCAAUUGUCCAGACUGGAAAAAGAGAGAACGAGCGCGGCGAACGGACGUGCGGAUAUUCAAACUCUCGAAAAGGCAUUCAAGUUCUAUGCACUCCUGAAUGACCUCUUCUGUGCUACAAAGGCCGUCCGUGCUCUUGGGGAAAUGAACGUCGACUUUGAUGGAGUGAAUCAUCACAUCGAGAGUAUGACGAGUGGGUCCUUUGCAAGAGAGAUCAUAACGCUCCUCUCGCAUCGCAUGACGCCCCUCUUUGCCCUGGUCGAACUCGAGAAACGACCACCCAACGCCGACGAAGCCGAUCGAGGGGCCUUAUAUCGGAUCUCGGCAGAAGGUGAAUUCUUACUCCAGCACAGCAACCCACGAACGAAGUUCCCUCUCGUCACGCCCCCGCCGCGAUGGCCGGAAGCGGAGUCCUUCGCCGAGUUUCUGACGGCAGUGAAAACAGCCUGCGACGAUGCUCUCUUACUCUACGAAGAUAGCUUCCAAUACGUCACCACACGCGACUCCCGAUUCCUGAGAACCGACGACGUUUCCCGAGUAUUCGGGCGGGAGCAGGCCGGCGAGUUCGCCAGGUUCAGCGGACUGUACAUGAACUCGCGGACUUUCGUCAGGUCCAUCGCCGAUUCGACUUCCAUCGAGUUCUUGCAGGACGCGUCAAAGGCAUUGCGCGAGUCACGGAACGUCGAAAGCAUGACGUUGGACGGAGAAUCCGAGAUCAUGACGGCACUUCGAGGAUUGGCGGAGGAGCUCGUCACCCGGGAUCCGGAGCACCUCGCCGGACUUAGAAAACUGGUCGACUCUCAGAAGACGAGGGUCGCGCUACAGCUGUACGUCAGGUCCUUGGGUGAGGCCGAUUCGCUGUGCUCGCUCUUCGCCCCCGACGCACCCGUCAGAGCAGAAUGGGAUCUCUUGAACGAGUUUGCGCUAGAAACGGCGCCUGCGGUACGGCGCCUCGAGACUUCGAUCAGAGGAAUCUGCGAAACCAAGGACGUCGUCAUGGAUCCGAUCCCCGACAUGUCCACAUUGAACAUCAUAUUUGACACGUCCGGCGCGCCAAAUGGGAACGCGUGCAACGCCAUCAUCGCGGACCCUCCGGACUACCUCCAAGACUUCGCGGUCCGUCUGAAGGCUUUCGGGAUCUGGAUGGACGCCAUUCGAAAGAACAUCAGCGAGUCCGGCAUCCGUCUCGGAUGCAGUCAGCUGGAUUCGACGUCAGACGUAGGAAGCGCCGCGUCUGCCCUAUCCAAAUGCACGACGAGCAUCACGGACGCAUUCGGAACGAUCGGGGCACCCGGCCUCGAGGAGGCGUUCACACAGUGCCAGGCACUCGUGAGACGACUUUGCUGGGGCGCUCCGGAACAAACCUUGCAAAGAGCCACAGAACGAGUCACGCACCUUUAUGACGCGACCGGGUCGACUCGUAUCGAAUCCAUCACGCUGGAGUUUGGCGAACUCAAGGAAGACAUGCGCCUGCUGCUCUUGGCUGCGGCAAACUACGGCUACGACGUCAAGCAGUGCGCCGGGAACACGCGUCCGGGGAUCUGCGCGGCCCGCAUCUUGAUCGAAAAGAGCGCAAGAUGGAAAGCUUUCAAGGAGAUGGCGAACGCUCUCAACAAGACAUUCACCGCAGUCGGCACGUACUCGGCAGAGGGUAUCGGUGCCCUCACGCAAUUAGCGAAAGAGACUUCGGCCAGCAUACCUCCCUUCGGAGAAGCAUGCACGGGUCUAGUACGCCGGAUAGAGCUCAACCGCGACCUGGUGCGCGCCGAUGAUGAGAACCUCAUUCGGCUCCGCGACGAGCUAUACGAGCCCCCCGAAGGCUGGAAGGACGAGAAGCUCGUCGACCGGACGCACAUCGACCUUCUGAUCUCCGCAGCCGACCGCGCCAAGAAUGCGUGCCGGAGACGUCUCCCACCCGGGCAAACGGGCGGGGUCCUCCAACUCGUGCUCGAACUUCCGGACGGCGUCUCCGGACCGGGCGACACACAGAGCUGUCCCGAACUGCCCACGAAAAACAAGGUGGCAGAUGUGAGCGAGCUGCUGGCCGAUCACAAAGACGAGAAAGCCGUGCUCGACGCCAUGAUUCACUACGCAAACGCGGCAUCGACGCCCGCACGCGUGGUGACGACCACCGUGAGAGGGAGAUCGGGGGCAGAAGCGUUGCAGAGAAUCCUCGCAACGAUCGACCUCACCGCAAGAAACAUCGAAAGCGCUUCAUCGACGUUGUUCGCACACGAGACGCAGCCCGACCCUGCCCGACCGGAACCGAAGAUCGUAGAACUCAGUCGAGACUCUCGAGCCAUCCAUGCCGACGCGAUGGGUCUGAGUGAGAAGGUGCACGAUGCACUACACAUCCCUAAAAUCCCGCCGAAGCCGGUCGAAACCCUCGUGGCGCAGCUCCUGCGAGAAAGAAAGACCCUACCCGACUGUCAGAAGGAAAGAGAGGAGUUGCAAGUAAAAAUCGAGGUCGCCGAAGAUGAUUCGAAAAGACGAGAAGCAUCAUUAGCGGAAAAAGAGACUCUACUAAGAAAACAGACGAACGACCUACGGGCUUCAGAGAGUAGGAUCCACGCACUCGAGAGGGAAGUGCGGGCGUGUCGCGAAGACGAUUCGAAAGAGCGGAUUCCAGACCUUACCGCCGAACUCGAAAGAUGCCGCCGAGAUCGAGAAACUGUAAAGGCAUCCGCCCAAAGAAACCUCGAGAGCAUGCGUUCGGAUCUCCGUAACGCACAGGAUGAGACGGCAAGAGAGAGACUCGUGUUGUCGCAGAGAGUAAAAGAGAUAGCAACCCUCCUCCGAGACUCGACCUCAGAACGAAAGAUGGCCGAAGCGUCGCAAAACGACCUCCGAGCACGGCUGAAGGCAUGCGAGGAGGACGCCAGUUCUCAGCAUGAUCCAGGGGUCAUCGAAUCCCUGAGACAUGAGCUUCAUAAUCGCGAGACAGAGAUCGAGGACCUGAAGAAAACCCACGAUACUCUCACCGAAACGCUGGCGAAGACGCAGGCAGAAAAAGAGGAUUUCGAACGGAGACAUGCGGAGUCGGCGGCUCAACAGGGGGCUCUGGCCUCCGCACUGCAGCGCGUCGAUGCAUUGAGCCGGCGAGAGAGAGAAGGGAGAGAAGAGCUGCUCCGCAAGGUCCUCCAGGCCGUCAAGGGAGGCGCCGAAGCAAAACUGGCUAAAAAGCACCUGGACAAGCACAUGAGGACGAAGGCCCGCCAAGGGGCCGUCUACCGAACUCGAGGGGACCUGGACGCCGCGGUCGGGCGCUACGUGCGGGACCAAGGGGGUUCUCACGUCACCGUCUUCGGCCCCGACACCCUCGAAGACGAGCUGCGAGGGCUCCCGGUGUUCCUGGUCUGUCCCAGCAACAACGUCCCUCCUCCGGACUGGAAGGACCGCAAGGUGCUCUUCGUGAGCAAAGAGGGACUCAUAUCCAAUGCACUGAAGGCGCUGAGAGAGGAGCGCGGCCGAACGGAAGUCGACUUCCUCCUGACGGAAGACGAUCUACGAAAGCUGCCGGAGGGGGGUCUUCGGACCCUGCGAGACAUCGCCGCAAGAUCUCGGAAAUGA